AUGUCUAAGCCUUCGGAAGCCCCACGAGGGGCUCAGCCCGGUGAUUUGUUACUCGUUGUUCAUAAUUUUGAUGCGCGUGGUGCUGAUGAAUUGACCCUUCGGCGGGGCGAUAAAGUAGAGUUAUUAGAGCUUGACGACGGUUUUGGCGAUGGUUGGUAUCUGGGACGGCAUGUGGUUGAAAAUCGCACAGGCUUAUUUCCAGGAGUCUAUACAACAGCCGAUACCACAUCGCAGCCUAGCCUUGGCAAGACAGCCGCCCUAUCGGCUUCACAAACCUCGGCGAUUGAGCAAUUCGAAAGCCCACAACAUGGUUCGGAGACGGUUUCCUCAAUAUUGACUAAUAACACAAAUCCACAGGUCUCAAGAUUAGCUGGCGGAUCCGAACCUAGUCCUCCUGUCUCAACCGAGCCGAAUAAUGAGAAAGAGACGCUCCCGAUCCAGCCAUUAUCUAGAAACGCUUCGACCAGCACUGCAAGGGCGCCUGAAAUCCAAAGGACCAUUAAUCAGACCAUUGUUCCGCAUUUAAGCGGAGAAGACAGCCCGGUACUUAGCGAAACUCUAAGCGUGAUUGAUGAGCACAUUACAAAUUUUAGUACACCACGCCAAAGCGUUAUUGCGCAAGAGCUGCAUCGUGGUGUCAAUGAUUCCAGCAGUGAGUACAGCAGCCAUGGUGGUAACCGUCUUUCUUAUAUUCAUGGCACCGAAACAGACGAAGAAGAGGGCAGGAUUCCUACAGAAGCGGAUGUCCGACGCUGGGACCAUCAACAAGUUUCUAAUCACCUAACCGAGCUCGGUGUUGAUCCUAGGCACUGCAAAAUCUUCAAAGAGCAAGAAAUAACGGGUGAUGUCCUUCUAGAGAUGGAUCAAGAAUUCAUAUAUAUGAAAGAUUUUGAUUUUGGAGUCAUGGGCCGACGACUGAAAACGUGGCAUAUCAUUAAAGCUUUUCAAGAAGAGACAAAGGGCAUCGGACAACCUAGACAGUCGACUUCCACGUAUUCGGGACGCGUGGCAUCCCCAGUAGAGCACGACCGUUCUCAAAGCCGUGCUGUAACAGCCUCUUCAUUUCUUCCGCGCAUUCCUAGCGUUGGCGAAGCGCGUGGCCCUGUUACCAGGCAAUCCAGGGGGGCCACUUUUUCAGGCUACCAAGGAAAGGCACCCCCUUCCCCAAUUCCAACAACCAGUUUCAGCCGCCCAAGAACUCGUGACAGCGCGUCCAGACCCUCUCCAGAUUUCAUUCGACAAAGUAAUUACCACCAGCGGCAUUCCUCGAUAGAUGAAGUCUCGAAAUCGGCUGGCCCUACCAAGACCAAUCCUGUGGGGGCUGCCCAUCCGAAAAUGGCUCUUGCAAAUGGGAGAUCCUCUCCCUUCGAACGUCCUUGGCCUAGAAAAGCGGCAACAGAUUCGCGGCCAAGCACAGCGCUGGGGACCACGACUACUCAAAACCAGGGGUUACCUAUUCCAAACAGACACACCACUAUUCCAGGGGGCAUAGUUGCCGAUGGCUCCCCUGAAUUUGACCGCGGUUAUUUCUCUGGCGGCGAAGUCGACUCCCGGAAAUCUCGCAAUGUUUUGAGAAAACGAGAAUCAGAAGGCCGGAGUUUGAGCCAGUCAAGACAAUCCAGCACGGCGGAUGAUGCAAAGUUGCGAAAUUACAAAAGACAUUCACGAUUUAGUAGUGUGGACUCUUUGAAAGAGUUCGCUCCUUACUUAGCCUUUGGCAAAUUGGGCAGCCCACCAGCUGCAGCUCAACGUCAUGAGUUUGUCGAGGAUAAAUCCCAUUCACCACCUGUUACUAAUUUAGAACAAUCAAGCCAUACUACAGGAGGCUUUUUCUCCUCUUUGUCAUCCCUAAAUUCGAAACUACAGGAAGAUAAUUCAGGCCACCCUUCCCCGUUACCUUCUAAUAGCAAGAGUGUGGGUCCUAAAUUUCGGCGCACAAUUGGGCUACGUGCCAUCUCUGACGCAGUGACGGGAAAUGAAAAAGCUCAGCUAGCCUCCAGUGCGUCCUCUCCGGGAAAAGAUUACCCAAAAUCUCCGGCUCGGACAAACUCCGCCACGCCAUCGGGCACAUCUAAGAGUUCCGAAAUUGAAGCGACGGAUCCUCUUUCAUCAAGGCCUUCAGAAGCAGGCAUAUCAUUACUUGCCCCUAAAACUCCCUCCCACCGAGGAAAAUCAAAGAGGGAUACGAGUGCCUAUAUCCGCGGGUUAGAGAAGAAAUCGCCUCAGGAGCAGAUAAUUGGGUGUGACUAUUAUGGCUGGAUGAAAAAGAAAUCGUCAAAUCUGAUGGCCACCUGGAAGCCCAGAUUAUUUGUUCUUCGUGGCCGUCGCCUCUCUUAUUACUAUUCAGAAGACGAUACCGAGGAGAGAGGACUGAUUGAUAUCUCGUCACAUCGUGUUUUCCGUGCAGAUAACGAUACAAUAACGUCUUUCCAUGCCACUAUAACUGGGGCGAAAGCUUCACCCACAUCUCCAACCAACUCCAAUCACUCAAAACCUAUAUCUCCGAACCAGGAUCAAGAGCCAGAGAAAGUCCGGCGGAAAAGUGGCUCCGACGAGCAACCUUUUAUUUUCAAACUCGUUCCCCCCAAAAACGGUUUACCCCGUGCCGUACAGUUUACAAAACCGGCAGUUCAUUAUUUUCAAGUCGACACCCUCCAGCAAGGGCGUUUGUGGAUGGCUGCAUUGAUGAAAGCCACUAUUGAGCGUGAUCUCAACCUACCUGUUAAAACAACAAACAAACAGAAAACCGUCAGCUUAAAGCAAGCCCGUUCAAUGAAUCAGCGCCCACCUGCGUUAAUGAACUCCUCCAGCAACACCGAGUUGAGAACAUCAGCUGAUCAAAAGGAUCCUCAGUCGAGCGAGGACAAUCUUACUCCCCUUCCUGAGGGCAUGACAUUCGAGGCUAUUGAAGGCAUUAACUCUUCUUAUCUAGAUUCAUCUUCCUCCCGUUCUUUUUCCACUUAA